AUGAUGGACUACAAGUCCUCCAUUUAUGGAAGAGUCGGCGGCGCAUCUGAUCUGGUGGGCUUGUCACCGGCAAAUGCGCCUGGCCCUGUUGACGAUGAGGAGUGGAAGCGCCUUUUCAACUUUGAACGCUAUGCUGCCGAAAAUACACCGUCCGCGUCGGCCGAGCGGAAUGAACAGCCUGCCAAUACCGAGCAUCGUUCUCCCGUCGAGCCGAAGGUCGCACAGUCCAACUCCGAACAGGACUGUAGUCGAGCUUCGCAGGACCAGGCUCUCAAUGGCCAGGACACCGGCGCCCAGAUGGAGGCUGAACCGGCAGUAAAGAGGGCUCGCGUCGAAACACAGUCCCCUGCCGAGAACCUGCCGCGAUGUUCUCCAAACCAUCGAGCUGAGCCUAGAGUUGGAGACCAGAUUGCUCCAAUGACUUGGCAGCAGGGACAGCAACGUGCGCCUCAAUGCAGCCCUCGGUUGCCGAAGUGCUCCCAGUCCUCGGCAGAGUUGGUGCAGGCGAUGGCUUCGAUGCGUGCGCCGAAUCAGGCGCCGAAUGCUGAGAAACCGUUGCGUUUCACCACAUGCUCAGGCGUUGGUGUUUCUUUGCCGACUGGACCGGCCCACGUUCCCGCCAUCACUAGACUGGCCCCCGUUCCUGGCACCGAGUCUUCAGGUGAACUCGUGAACGCGAGGAUGCCGCUGCAGCUGUUGCGGGCCGGGAUCGAGCAACAGAGCGCUCGUAAAGAGGCACUUCGCAGGGAUCUUCGGACAAAGCCCUACUUCUGCCCGUGCCAAAACCGUCAAGCUCCAGCUGAGGCUAGCGGUUCGCAAGAGCUGACAUCGAAGCAUCAGCAGUCGCCUGCGCCCGUUGUGACUUUCCAGACCCCGGGUACAGCUAGGCCAUAUGACCUGCCAUGGGUGUUGGUAGCUGAGGGGACUACUCCUCAACCUGGCGCUGUUCUCAGAAGGGAGCCACAACACUGA